AGGCGUUCCCGGUCUGGGCCCCGCUGUCCCUCGAGGAGAAGGCGCAGCUGACGGAGCAGGCCGCGGACGACCCGGAGGCCAGCGCCACGGCGCAGGCGCACCGGAAGGCGCUGGCGCUGGAGGUGGAGACCAUCCGCAAGAAGCUGAAGGUGCUGGUGGAGGAGAACCGCACGUGCCCCGAGCUCGAGAUGCUCGAGCGCAGCGAGUUCUGCGUGGACCACGAGGAGGCGGCCAAGAUCGCCGCGAGCACCAAGGAGCGCUGCGACACGCUGCGGGCCCAGAUCGAGCGGGAGAACCUGGCGCGCCAGCUCGUGAGGCACAGGCUGAUCAAGGAGUUCUGGGACCCCAUGGCCGUCAAGGGCUGCAAGAUCUGCAGCCUGAUGCCCGAGUCCACCCUGUCCGUGUCCAACUACCCCGUCAGGAAGGAGACCCAGGAGGAGCAGGGCAUCAUCCAGAAGCUCAAGGUCAUGCGGAGGGUGGAGCAGCUGGAGUCGCAGACGCUGCGGGGCAACCACUGCCCCAGGGGGCUGCAGGGGGAUGCGCUGCUCGUGGCCGACUCCUUCUCGUCGCGCCAGGAGCAGUACAUCGUCAACUGGUGGCCCUCCAAGACGGAGGGCGACGGGAACCAGGAGAACGCGAAGCUCCUGUACGAGCCGUUCGAGCUGCUGACGAACUCCCGCAGGCGGCUGCAGGUCUUCCUGCUGCAGGCGCUCGCGUGCGACUUCCGGCUGGCCUUUAACAAGCUCUUCGAGGCGGCCCAGGGCGACAAGAGGGCGACAAUGGACCAGAUCAAGGAGAAGACCGCGCGCAUCAGGGCCAUCCUCAGUGAGCUGCAGGUCGACGAGCUGGUGGAGGAGCCUCGGCUGCAGGACUGCGAGGACGCCGACUCGGUGCUCCACGUCAAGGACGGGGAGAUCUCCGUCGCGAAGUGGAUCUCCGAGGAGGAGCGCCAGCGGCUCGCCGAGGCCGCCGCGAAGGAGGAGGAGCGCCAGCGACAGCUGAGGGAGAACGACGCGGGGCAGCGCGCGCUGGCGCAGAUGAUGGGCGGCACGCUGAAGACGAAGAAGGACCUGUCUGCGCUGGAGAUCACGCUCGACAAGGAGCCCUGGAUGGACCAGGUCCCCGAGGAGGACAUGACCGAGCUCCAGGUCGCCGCGCUGCGGGAGUUCCGCGAGAAGGAGAAGGCCCUCGCGGAGGAGCAGGACAAGUACCGCAAGCAGCUGGACGCGGAGCUCAAGCGGCUGCGCCAGGAGGUGCAGGACUUCACGCAGCAGUUCGAGGCGAGCCUCAAGGACCUCCACCACCAGAGGUUCGCCCACGACGCCAAGUUCUUCUGCCAGGAGCUCUACUGCGUGCGCCUGCAGCUCGCGCUGCUGCAGAACCUGGAGGACCACAGCGACGUCCAGAGGAUCGGGAAGGACCUGGGCGAGGCCCGCGCGCAGCUCUCCAAGGCGAGCGGCGAGCUCGAGACCUUCCAGGAGUUCAUCGGCAGGGCCAGGGAGCGACAGGACGAGUGCAUCCGGAACGAGAAGGAGGCGGCGUCCGCCCAGAACUUCAAGCAGCAGUUCGCGCAGUCGGGCCUGGAGCCCGAGCAGAUCGGGGCCCUGCUGCAGAUCUUCAGGAAGAAGCGGAGGAUGAGCACGCAGAUGCUCUCCCCCGACGCCACCCUCUCGGGCUCCGCCUCGCCGCAGACGAGGAAGUUCCGCGGCAUGUCGUUCCACGGGUCAGACACGGCCGCCACGAAGACCGGGCCGCUGGCGCCGGAGCCGUUCGACCCGGAGGUCGUCAUGGACGCGUACGAUGACCUCGGCACCGUUGCCGCCGAGUCGGCGCUCGAGCGGGCAGUGCCCAAGGACGACGAGCCCGUCGACGCCUGCCCGGAGGGCAUCGACGAGGCCAACUACAAGCGGAUGCUCGAGAUGCGGCAGCGGCGGGAGGCCCUGGAGCGCGAGGUGGCGAAAAACAGCCUGGUGCUGCAGGACAUGCAGGGCCUGCUGGCGCACCUCGAGAAGGAGCGCGGCGACGCCCAGGUCGCCCACAACGUGCUGCAGGAAGAGCUGGACGAGCAGCUGCAACUGAUGGACAAGGAUCCGAGCUCUACGACAUCGAGAUGCUGUUCAAGCUCAAGCAGGGCCAGGUGGAGGUGCCGCAGGCGGCCGUGGUCACCGACUACUCGGACGCCAUCGUCAUCGACCAGGAGAGGUGGUGGAGUCGAGGAACAGGCGCAUCCAGGAGCUGGGCCAGGAGAAGGUGGGCAUCCUCGAGACCACGAAGGAAUUCAGGAAGAAGCUGAACUUCAUCCAGUGGGAGCACAAGAUGCUGGCCAUGCAGACCACGGACCUGGAGGAGCGUACGAAGGACGUCCAUAUGCUGCGGGUGACCAAGGAGCUCCAGUCUCUGCUGAAGGGCGGGGAGGAGGGCAAGAACAAAGCCGACGCGGACCUGCUGGAGCGCAAGAUCGAGCACCUCAAGACGAACAUCGAGACCAAGGAGGCGACUCUGAAGAAGCAGCACGGCAUGGUCGCCCAGGCCACCAAGUUGAGGAAGGCGGAGAACGCGAUGCUCGAAAAGAAGCUCCGGGAGCUGCAGCAGAACGUCAUCCAGCGCGAGCACAUCCGCCGCCUCAGGGCCCCGCCUGGCGGCGGCGCGGGCGGCGCAACGGGCACCGAGGGCGGCAAGAAGCGCAUCGUCGGCGGCGGCGGGCGCAUCGAAGAGAACGAGGGCUCAAUCCGCCAGGCCCACAGCGCCUUCAAGGAGGUGAAGGGGCGCCAAGGCCUCAUGACCGCGGUGAAGAAGCACACCGAGGAGAUCGACAUCCUGCGGAAGGAGCUGGACCGGCUGCGCCAGAAGACCUUCCCGUCGUUCGUGCAGCAGCACCAGGACAGGCCCGCCAACCCUGACCACGUGUCGCGGUAGACGACUGGCCUCGGCUGCUUGGCGCUAGAGCAGCCCAGAUUCCGCACUCUGCCGCCGCGACGCCGCUGAAGCACCCAGCUGCGCCAGCCAGAGCACGGCAGGCUCGCACCCGCCUGACGCGGCCGCGACCGCCCCCUCCCUCGGGCCGCCCUUCUGGCGCCGGGGUGCUCACGGCAGGCCAUUUGGGGGCAAAAGCCUGCGUUUCACUCGCCGCUGUCGCCUUGCGGGCCUCGCGCCGGACCGCUGCCCGAGGGGGGCCCGAA